AUGACUUCGAUUGGCCAGAGCAUUGCUCUCCCUUUGGAGCUGUGGCGAGAAAUUACAUCCCAUCUACCGAAUCGCGAUAUCAAGUCCAUGCGCCUCACCUCUAAACAAUUCUCCAAUGCAGUGGAACUGCGUCUCCAGCGAGUGUUUUUGUCGGCUAACCCCUUGAAUAUCGAAGUCUUUCUUGCUGUCGCAGACCAUGAGAAGUUCCGGCACCGGGUCACAGAGAUCGUCUGGGACGAUGCCCGACUUCCCAGGGGCCCUCGAACACGGAGCGGACUCCCUGGCUGGGAGAAUGAAAUGGUAUCAGACGAGGAAACCAGUGAUAACGAGACCGAGAUAUGUCGCUUUCGCGGAAACUGUGAGCUAGACUGGCCUCGCGAAUAUAGCGACGAUGACGACGAUGAGGAUGACGAGGAUGAUGAGGGAGGAGGCAACCCUGCCAAUCAGCUACGGAGAAGUAUAAAAUUCAAAGGCAAAGAUUGUCCUGUGUGGUUCAAGGCCGCAUGCGCUGCGAGUGUCGAGGAUACUUUCUGGCGUCAAGCCGGUGACAACGGGAUAGACGAUGAAGACCCGGAUUACAAAACUAUAAGAAAGCUGGGCUCGAUCGGGCCUCCGCUGAGUGAGUGUUGGGAGUUUUAUCGGACUUUGAUCCGGCAACAAGACGAUGUCCUAGCUAGGAAAUUUGACGAAGAAGCAUUCAUUCAUGGAAUAAAACAAUUCCCUGCACUCAAGAAAGUGACGGUCACGCCUGCAGCCCAUGGUAUUCUUUUCACCCCGCUUUAUCAAACUCCUAUGAUCCGAUCCUUCCCGCAAGGAUUCAAUUAUCCUAUCCCCCGCGGAUGGCCACUUCCUAGCCACGAACAACCAGAGGAGGUAUAUUCGCUUCCUUGGAAAAGGCUCAACGAAGUGCAGAAAGAAAAGUUUCACGGAUUCCGCAUUGUGGCACGCGUGCUCGCUCAACAAAAAAAUGAUGUGGUCGAGCUUAGUCUAGAUUCCCGCCUACUUCGCACGGGGAUUAACUGUACGAUCCUCGAUGAUCCUUGCGAGGAACACGAUCACUUAGUAACGCUGCUCAAGAAACCGGGCUUCCGUCACCUCGAUCUUGCCAUUAGUCUCGCCGGGACGUGGCAAUCAUUUCCCCAUGAUAGACUUUAUGAGGCGUUGAGCGAAGCAGGCGAUCUAGAGGAGAUCAGCCUCGCUACCACAGGGAUAGACGCCGAAAACGAGCACAAGAAUCUGCACAGUAUCACGCCUGUGCCCUUGAAAAGCAUAUUUCCCAUUGAGAAUUGGCCCAAACUCCGACACUUUAAGCUAUCACGUUUCAUAGUCAGCCAAUCCGACGUCAUAUCGUUCCUUUCAGAACUACCUAAAACGGUACGAUCUGUGAACUUGAGCUUUUUGAAAUUCGUGGACAACGGAAAUCAUUGGCAUUCUUUGCUUACGGAGAUGCGCGAACAGAUUCGGGAAAAGCGUCUCUGGUCAGAUCGACGGCGAAAUGUCACCAUCGGCUGCGAUCAAGACAUAUCUCUCCCAGGGCGUGCAAAAUGGAUUGGAAAGGAGGUAGACGAAUUCUUAUACGAGAACGGAGAAAACCCGUUCUUUGACCCUCCAAUGGAUAUGGUUAGAACCGGAUAUGGGACCGAGAAAGAUGCAUUGGACCCCAACAACUAG